UCGCCUCGCCGACCGUUUGAACUUUGAAAAUUUUCGACCGAUUUCUUGCGCAGAGAGUAAGCACUCGCGCGCGUGAUGUCCGAUUGUACCUGGUGAAGUCAAUUUUCAAGAACAAUACGUAGUGGACGUGAACGUCGGUGAAGUUCGUUACGAUUACCUUCUUUUUUUUUUCCCUCUCUCGUACCACACUGUGAAAAUACAAUGAGUGUGCACUCGCGAACGUAAUUUUGCAUCCGGGAUUACUUCCUGUAUCAGAGAGACACACAGGAGACAGCUGCACGUACAUAGUCAAGGACAGCGAGAACAGAAAAAGUACCAUGGAUAACUUCGUCAGGAUCGAGAAAAUCGGAGAAGGUACGUAUGGGGUUGUGUACAAGGGUAAGCACAAGAAAACGGGCGAGAUCGUCGCGAUGAAAAAGAUCCGGCUCGAGACGGAGGACGAGGGCGUACCUUCUACCGCCAUCAGGGAGAUAUCUCUGCUGAAGGAGCUCAAACAUCCGAACAUCGUCAGUCUCAUGGAUGUGCUCAUGGAGGAGGCUAAGCUCUAUCUCAUCUUCGAGUAUCUCACCAUGGACCUGAAGAAGUAUAUGGAUACUCUGGGUAAAGACAAACUCAUGGAGCCCGCCCUCGUCAAGUCGUACCUCUAUCAGAUAACAAGAGCCAUUCUCUUCUGCCAUCAAAGGAGAGUUCUUCAUCGGGAUCUGAAGCCCCAAAACUUGUUAAUAGAUAAAAAAGGAAUUAUCAAAGUGGCUGAUUUUGGCCUGGGCAGAGCUUUUGGUAUCCCAGUGCGUGUUUACACACACGAAGUCGUUACUCUAUGGUACAGAGCUCCCGAAAUUCUUUUGGGCGCCAACAGGUACACAUGUAGCAUUGACGUCUGGAGUAUUGGUUGUAUAUUUGCUGAGAUGGCUACAAAAAAACCAUUGUUCCAAGGUGACAGCGAAAUUGAUCAGUUGUUCAGAAUAUUUCGUGUGCUAAAAACACCUACUGAGGAAAUCUGGCCAGGUGUAACGCAGCUAGCUGAUUACAAGGCAACGUUCCCUAAUUGGAAAACAAACAAUUUACAGGCACAAGUCAAGGUACUGGAUGAAGAUGGCCUAGAACUUCUCGAAGCUACGUUGGUAUACGAUCCAGCUGCAAGAAUUACAGCCAGGGAUAUAUUGAAGCAUUCUUACUUUGACGAUUUGGACAAAAGAAAACUACCAGCAGAAUAGGAAAAAUGCCAUAAUUUUUUUAACUGUAUUUCGUCUUAAGAUUGUCAUUUUUAAGCAUUAAUUUUUACGUUUUCAUGGAAAUUGGAUGUAAAUUAGUGUCUCUUUUAAAGUAAUAUUUAUCUUUUUAAAGCUCUUAGAACUAUGAAUAUUAAUCGGUUUUACGCCUGACAAUUGUGAACACUAAUUCACAUGGUUUUUUGGAAAAUAUUACUUGUCACUGAAAUUUCGUUUUUCAAUUGUAAAUUCCAUAAUUUUACAGCAACAUGCCAGAAUGAUUAAUAACUGGAAAAAUAUUAGUGGUAAGGAUGAUAUAUUUUGUAUUUAAGUUUGAUACACAAUAAUAUUGCAUUGUAAUAUCUGAAUUGUAUAAAAUACGCUCAAAUUGGAUUCAGUAUUGGUAACACUUAAGUUAUAGAUGUAGACUCACAUAGUUGCGAAAGUUAAUUUAUCCCGAAUUUCGAUGUUCAAACGCUACAAUUUUUUCAUUUAUCGAUUAGAUUUUCAAUUUUCCGUGUUAUUAAAAUGAUGAUUGAGGUAUACUAGAAUUUACGCUGAAAACCAAAAAAAAAUCAGUCUACCUUAUUGUAUCUAUCUUUUCUCAUUGUAAGAUAAUAUUAUUCACUACCUGUAUUGAUAUGUACUCAAAUAAUUUAAAUAUUUAAAAGUUUUUGAACACUCUGGGACCAAAGUGAAAUGUUCAGCACUGCGUGAAAUUUGACGUAUUUAAAUAAAAAAUUUCGAACCUACAUUUUCGUAAAUACAUUUUACAGUACAUCUUGUUACAACAGUCAACACCUUUUUAUUAACCAUAAAUAAUGCAUACAUUCUGUAAGAUUUUGUGAGGUAUUCCCUGAGUCCACAUCUAGGGCUUAAUCUGGCAUGUCUGGUUUGCCCCUUUAUUUUGAUAUUGAAAAAAAAAAUUAUUUAAAAAAAGUAGUAGCCUGUACGGUCAUAAAUAAAUUUUACUUUGAGCUUUGGUGAAAUGAUAAGAUUUCCAUCGAUUUCCGUAUACUAUCAAUCAAAUAUUUUUAACAGUUGAGAAAAUAUUUUAACUUAAUUUUAGUUCAAUUUUUUAAUCAAUUAGUAUGACAGUUCUAAUUUGUAACAAAAAGUUUUGUAUGUUAUUGCUUUUUACUCACUAACCGAUUCGGGGACAUGACAUUUUGAAUCUGGGUGGUAUAACAAAGUAUUUCGACACAGCAGUUAAAGUUAAAUAUGUUUAUUCCAACCAAGUAGACAAACAUGUAAUUAUUGUAAUAAACGAGCU